AUGCUUUAUGGUAGGUGCCCUCAGCAGGUCCCUUGCAAUGCCAUCUGGGCAGCUGCCAAUUAUGCCAACACACGCCUUUGGUGGCAGGUGGACUGCACCUCUCUUGGGGUGGAAUAUACCCCUUUGGUGGAUCCUUGGAUUGAGUGGUCCUGCUGUGGAAGCCCAAUGCAUAUGCAUGACCAUGAAGCAGAAUAGCACAGCUAAUGAUCCUGUGAUAAGCCUACAGAAAGUCCCCCCUCAUCUGAGCCUAUGUCUGGCUCCUGGCCCCUCAGGAUGAACUUUCACUGGGUAUUUGGCUCAGGUCAGCCACCUUUGAUGACUCUGUGGCUGCUGGACCACUUUUUGGCCCAGCUUGGCAAUUACAUGUCCUACCAGGACAACCUCAGACAUGUCUGUAAGAUCCUUGGACACCUGAUGGGCCAAACCCAGGCCUGGAUAGCCUCCUUCCUCAAUGAACCUCACCCAGAAGGUUCCAUACACCAUAAAACAAAGAAGAAGGUUUCUGAGAUAGACUAGGGGGUGUCCCUGGAUAUCCCACAGGAGGAGCUGGAGCAGCUCUCUGGAAUGGAUGGUCCAGUUACCCAGCUGGUCCCUGCCAGAUUGCUGGCUCCCAUGCAGCUGCCUUCCCACCUCAAGUGGACCUAA